UUCCCGGGGCGGGCGCGGCCGCUCCCAGGGGAACGCGGGCCCGUGGGCUGCUGGGGCCGGUAGUUCCCGCCGGGUGCCCGGCCCGGCCCGGCCCGGCCGCCGCUUCCUUGUCGCGGCCGUGGGGAAUCGAGACCGGCGGGCUCAGCGAGCGGGCGGCGGAGCAGCCUACAAAACCAGAUAUACUACUGGACUCUCAAAGUGUGGAUGAUCAUGGGAGAACAACUGUUAAAGAACAGCAUCCUUGAUCAAUUUAUUAAUAGCCAUGAGCAGUCCUAUGAGGAGUUUCUAAGUACAUUCACAUAUCUUUUGAAAGAGAAAGAGGGAAAGACAAUUCAGGAAAGUAAAGUGGACUCCUUAAGAAAAAAAUGUUCUACUUCUGAAUUACCAAACAGAAAUAAACAGGAUGGCUCACCUGAAAGAAGCAAAGAAAUGUGGGUGUCAUUUCCACCACAGAUGCCAAAUGAGAAUGAGGCAGUGAUGAGUGAGUGCUCAACAGCUGGUGUCUCUGUUGGAAAUGAUCUCAGUCUGUCUGAAAAAGUGAAGGUGGACAAGUACUUACACUUGGAAGAUGUAGACACAGAUGAAGAGACAUGCAGUGCAGGGUCAUUAGUUCUUCCUGGAGAGGUGGAAGAGACAGUGAGUUGCUGUCCACCCUUCUUUGAUAAGCCUAUUCAGCCGAAGUUCAGAGCCUGGUCAGUUCCCCAGCCAUCAGAAAGCAAAGCCCAAGAGCUACUGGGCGAUGAUGUUCAGCCAUUCUCCCUUGAUGAAGAAUUUGAUUAUGACAAUGUGGCACUGACCCCUAAGUUCUCUGAAGCUGAGCUGAAGGCCCUUACAGAGUUGUCUGAACAGAAAAGUGGUACAGAUGUCAAAUCAGCACCAGCUGAAGACUGAGUCGAAGGUGUUGUGUGCAGGGCUGUUGGAAUGACCUUUUCAUGGGAUGAAUGUAGCUCCUUGUUGUACCCUUAUUUAGUGCUCUUAUCUGUGUGGCCAGUGAAUGGCAUCCCUGAGAUUUGUCAUUAUUCUGUCAAGGUGCCUUGGAUCCUGCACUGGCUCAGGGUAGGUGUGCUGGAGUGACUUCUCCAUAGGAGCAAAACAAGCUGGUGGAAUUCAGAAUAACAUCGUGGCUACUCGUGCUUAUAUCUGGUACUGAUUUGGUUCCUGAGUAGUACAAAGUUGCUCCUAAAGCUGCCUUUUACCUCGUUCUUUUAGUAAUGCAAUUAAGAGCUUUUUAACAGCUGACAAAUUAGUCUAUGAGCUCUUUAAAUGUAUAGAGAUAUGUGAGUGAAUAAAUCUGGGAAUAUUUUUUUUCUCUGUCUUUUGAGUUACUUCAGUUCUGAAAAAAUAAAUAUUUCUGUUUCCAACAAA